UAGCAACAAAGAAGCAUCAACAGACCUACAAUAUCUUUCCAAACAUGCAUCUUAUAGUGCCUCCUAUUUUGUCAUAAUUAAUUGUUAGUUGGCCAUAAAGGCUUAGUUUACUCUAAUUAUUCGUUUUCAAAAUUUAUUUAUUAAAAGUGACUGUGGCGAAUUUUUAGAAGAAUUAUGAAAGUAAUAGUAAGAAGGAUAAAACAUCAUCCAGAAGCCUGAAAAUGUUUGAGAACAAAGAUGAGAUGAAGAUAGUUGUGGUUGGUUGUAGCGGCAGUGGAAAAUCAUCAUUGAUAAAUAAAAUGCUGAGUGAGAGAAAUAUAACGACAGUUGGUAGACCAGAUGAUCAAAUUGGUCAUGAUCCAGUUGAAAAGUACAGAUGUAAAGUUGGAGAAAUAGAUGUCACGAUAUAUGAUACACUAGGAUUCAGUGAUCCUUUAAUAACUGGCCGAAAAAGUAAUAGUAAGAAGGAUAAAACAUCAUCCAGAAGCCUGAAAAUGUUUGAGAACAAAGAUGAGAUGAAGAUACUUGUGGUUGGUCAUAACGGCAGUGGAAAAUCAUCAUUGAUAAAUGAAAUGCUGGGUGGGAGAAAUAUAGCGACAGUUGGUAGACCAGAUGAUCAAAUUGGUCAUGAUCCAGUUGAAAAGCACAGAUGUAAAGUUGGAGGAAUAAAUGUCACGAUAUAUGAUACACGAGGACUCAGUGAUCCUUUAAUAACAGACCAAAGUACAAUGAAUGCAAUCGUUGAUGGAAUUGAAUCUAUAGACAUUGUACUUAUAUGUCACAAGCUGUAUGAUAGGAUUGACGAUGCAACCGUAAAAGAGCUUAAGGUCCUAGUUGGCAACAUGCAUGAUGAUUUGAUUGAUCUGUCUAUUCUUGUUUUUACAUUUGGAGAUGAAUAUCAAAUAAGAUGUGAUCCUGUGCAUGAAUCAGAAGAAGAAAUAAAAGAAAAUAUGAAAAUCCAGCAACAUGAAAUUCAACGCAAAUUCAAAGAUGCUAUGAAGAAAAAUGGUAUCAAUGAAAAAGUUGCUGACAGAGUACCAAGCUGCAUAACAUGUGGAAAAAGAAAUCGUUAUGGAGAGCAAAAGGAGUUACCUACAAGUGAUAACUGGGUUGAUGACCUUUGGAAGCUAUGUGAGGAGCGAUGUAAACCUGAAGCAAGACCGUUUGUUUGUUCAAUGAGAAAUACCGUUGUCAAUGCAUUAAUGAUGGGUGGGCUAGGUGGAGGUACUGUUGGAGCUGUUGUUGGUGGCAUUGCUUCAGGAAUUCAAGCAGGUGCUACUCUUGGUACUGUAGUUACACCAGGACUUGGUACCUUAGCCGGAGCUGUUGUUGGAUUUGUUGCUGGAGGAAUCGUUGGUGGGAUUUCUGGUACUAAUGAUACUGCAGGUAUUGGUAUUGCAGGAAUUGGAGCUCGAGUUGCAAAUAUUGUAAUUGGUAAGAAGUUUAAUGAAGGCAAUGACUGAAAAAAUCUCAAAACUAUUUGUGUUAGCUAUGUGUGUAUUUAGAGUUAGUUUAGUAAUAGAUUUUGUCAGUUUAAUAAUAACAAUUGUAAUGUUCCUUUAAGUUAAAACAUUUUAAGUCUUUUUUCCAUUACUGCA